CCUUUGCCUUAAAGCGGGCUUGCAGUUCUUUCUUCUCACACCGCCCACUAUACACAGAUUCUCUCGCGCGCAUAGAAGCGCGAACGCGAAAGCGUGCGUGCGCGCAUGCACUAGAGGUGGGAGUGGAUGCUCGUGUAGCUGCUGGAAGCCAGGAUGGGAUAAUCCUGGCUCCGGGCGUUGAUGCAGCUGCCGUUGCUGGAUACGGAGUGGACUCGGGGCGCAGGGUGGGUCUAGUUCCCGACUGGAGCUGUGUGGACCCCGUGUCGAUGUUGUCAAGCGUUCCGAGAAAGACGAGGGCGAUGGCCGUGAGAGGAGUUGGUGCAGCUCUUUGAAACGUCCAGGCAAAAGAAAUCGACCGUCUUCUCCCAUGGAGGACACCGGCAUUAAUCUGAAGCGCAGAACCGGUGUGGAAUAACUUAGGAAAGGAGGGAGAGAGGAUACCGGGGCACUCCGUAGAGGAUAUCAGGGGAAUCCUUCAUUCAUUUUCUUUAUGGUUUCUUUAAACUGGGAUACAGCUAGAGACGCGAGUGAAGGAACGGAUCACUUUUGCCUCGGUGAUUAGGAGAAGACUGCCUCCUUGGAUCGAGCGGCAGCCGCAUCCGACCUACCGUGGGGGGGUGGGGGGAGAUCAGGAUACUUGGAUGGAGAGGGCGCAGUGAAGGCUAGCGGCUUGCCGUGUGUAGGAGGGACGGAGGGAGACCGGGCAGUUUGAAGGGACGGGGAGCCAGGAGCGGCGGCGGCGGCUCCAUGAGCUGCUCCUGCCGGGACAGAGCGCCCAGAGCCCAGCCGGAGCGUCUCCACCGCCGCGGGUAGAACCCCGGGCAACAGGACGGCGGCCAGUUUGGAAGUUUUGAUGCAUAUGAUCACAACCACCAUGAUUUUUAUGAUUCUUGGUGCUUCAGUUGUAAUGGCGAUAGCCUGUUUAAUGGACAUGAACGCACUACUGGAUCGCUUUCACAACUACAUCUUACCGCAUCUACGAGGGGAGGACCGCGUCUGUCAUUGCAACUGUGGAAGGCAUCAUGUCCACUAUGUAAUCCCAUACGAUGGGGACCAUUCCUUGGUGGACUCUUCAGAGAACUACUUUGUGAGUGACAGUGUGACCAAGCAGGAGAUGGACUUAAUGCUGGGACUGCUACUGGGCUUCUGCAUCAGCUGGUUGCUGCUGUGGUUGGAUGGAGUCCUACACUGUGCUGUCAGGGCCUGGAGGGCGAGCCGAUACUACGAUACUCCAUCCUGGUCAUGGCUGCCCCAGUUCUGCAACCUUCGAGACCUCCGUCGCCGAGCCCAGCUCAGACAGCUGGAAGACUCCAGUGGCAACAUGGUCCACAUCAAGCAGAAGCUCUACCACAACGGCCACCCAAGUCCCCGCCACCUCUGACUUUAAAACAAAACAAAAAAAAGAAUAAACUAAACAAAAAUAAUAUAGACGACCCCUGCCCCACCCCUUGUACCCCUCUUCUCCUCCCUUCUAAAACACCUGUGACCCUUCCCAGCUGCCCCAAGGCCAACUGUUGCCUAAGAGACCCUGAAAACUACCCUCCCACUAUUCAUAACAUGGCCCCCCAAAACCCCAAUGACAGGACUUUCUUUUGACUAAAACCAGUCCCUGUCAGCACCUAAAAAAAUUAAUUUAUCAAUUAAUUAAUUACAAAAAAAAUCCCAAAAUGGAGCAAGAUGACGAUUAUUUGUUGCCACUAAAAUCUUGUCUUACGUCCAUGUCCACCAUUGUGGGAGGAAGAAGAAAAAAAAACAUUUUUAAGGGUGUUUUUUUCUGUAUAGAGACAUUUUCUGUGUUCAUUGUUAAACUUGGCAUGCUCUUUUAGAACAGGGUAAGAUGUGGGUAGUGUAUGGAACGGGGCGGCAAGACAGGU